GCUUGGGUGGCAUAAGAGGACCUGUGGGACCUCAAGGAGUAAAGGGAAACAAAGGCGACAAAGGGUCUGUUGGAGCAACUGGGAUAAAAGGAGAGACGGGAGCGAAGGGUGUUCAAGGACGAAAAGGAUCUAUUGGCUCAAAAGGAAAUAAAGGCAACAAAGGAUCGGUUGGUAUUCAGGGACCGAAGGGAGAAUGUGUUGUUCCUCCGAAAAUCACUGUGUAUCCAGUAUCUCAGGAAGUUUUUGCGGACGAGACAGCAAUAUUUUACUGUUGGGUUCAAGGCCAGACGUCGUCCACGAUAACAUGGCGUAAGCUUGGAGGUGUCCUAUCUGAUGCUACUGUGGAAGAUGGUGCGCUUCGAAUCAGCAAGGUACAAAGGUCACAUGUUGGAUCCUACAUGUGCACAGCUUACACUGGUCUGGGAAUGUUAAGAACAGUUGGCAGGCUUCAGAUAAAAGUGCCACCGAAAUUUACAAAUAAACCUUCUUCAGAGAUCAUUUUAGUGCAAGGAACUACUGCAAACUUGUGCU